AUGCUGCGCAGUGCUCUUGUUGGGUGGGAGGCCCGCUCAGCCUCACGUGCGUCUUUUGUAGUCAUUUCCCAACAACAACAAUAUCAACAAUAUCAACAACAACGUCGUCAUAUGCGGUAUGCUAACAUACAAGAGACACUUAAACCACUACCGGGUCAAAGUGCUGGUCAAAUGUCCAUUCUUAAUGAUAUUUGCUGUAAUCCUGAUGCGGAGGAAGAACGGCGAAAACCCGCUUUUCGUCAUGAAGUUGCUCCUCGUGUGAUUUCAUCCACUCCUCCUACAACAGGAGAAGGAAAGAAUUACUUACGUACCAUGUAUCAGUGGGGUUUUGAUUCACUUACACUCUUUCGAAAGACAAAUGAAGAUCCUGGGCCGUGGUGGAAUGCUAACAGCAGUACACUUGUUUCCAAUUGGUCGCAGGUUGGUGAUUACGCUAAUGCGGGUAUGUGGUCUGGUGUAUGGCGUUAUACAUAUGGUGUAGGGGAGUAUAAUUUACGACCCUAUGAAGUGAGAGGUCGUGCUUGGGGUCGUCGAUUCAACAAGGCAGGUGCAUUAGCUAUUGAUUAUUAUUAUUAUUGUAAGAAUUCAAAAGAAAAGAAUACACCUCGACAAUAUUUAAUGUUUCCACAUACUCCAGAACAUCAAAUGCAUCGUCGUCUAAAGAAUCCUCCAUUAAAAGGAUUUAAAGAUAUUGACCCAUUACAUGGUAAACGACUUUUACGAGAAAUUCAAUACCAUCUAGGACAAGGCCUACGCUUCUACCUUAUAGAUGGAGUGUUUGGUAGUCACCCGGCAACCCAUACACCAUAUCGUAUUAUCACGGAUAACCCCACACACGCAUACUUUGCAUCCCUUGCAGCUAUACGUAAAUUUAAUUAUGUGUCUCAACAGGAAAUUAUGCUUUCUAAACGUAUUACACAAUCUCCUAUUGAUGAAUGGGGAUGGCGACGACCUGGUGUACUGGUAUAUCACGCUCCAGCCUGGGAUUUUGAGAGUCCACGUAUUGUGGAAGAGUUUGGUGGACCACGACCACAAGAUUUGGGUCUAACUCAUAAUAAGUUUAUCGCUGUAGAACCAUACAGUAUCCCAAUGAAGGCUGCCAUAUCCGCUGAACCAAGUUGUGAUGUACUUCUUGACACAACUGCCUAUCUCUGCGCUCGCUGGGGUUUCUACGCAGAUGACAAAGGAUUCCUUACACUAACUGCUGAAAGUGUAAUGAGUCCUGAUGCCUCGCAACUCACUUUGGUUGUGUGCAACACGGAGGCAGAGGCGGAUGUUCUUCGUGUUUCACCGUAUCUUUUUGGUGCACGACAUCACCGCAUUGCUGAAGGUUACGUCUCUCGUGGGUGGGAUGUUGUCUCAACACCGCAAGAUAAAGUAGAAGCUCAGUCACAUGACUUGGUGGAAUUAAGUUUACAUCGUGUGCAGAAGCCGCUGCCUGUGCGUAUUGGUUUACCCCAUGCACGUUCACAUCGUCACUACGGUCGUCGACAUGUGUCAGGAUAUGGAUACAAACUACCACAUUCUUAUGUAGAUGAUAUAGCGACUAAAGCAGCGGCAGGUGGUCAUCUUUUUGCAGCUCCAAAGAAUGAUAAACUUUCAUCCCACCCUGUGAGGCCUAACGCAUUUAAUCUUUCUUCUGUAGAUAUUAUCGUUUUUGGAGUUGGUAUGAAUGCUGCCAAAGUUGUCGUUCAAGGUCUCCAAGAGAAAGGAAUAUUGUACGCUGAACCCGAUAAACUGGAAUCAGCAUUUGAGGCUGCAUUUGAAGAAGCAAAAAGUGUGCGUGUCUUAGAACCAAAGGCAGCUGCCGAAGUAUUAAAAAAGCUUGCUCAGACCGGGAAAGCAUGA